AUGGGUGAAAACUUUAAUGUCACAUAUAUAACUUUUGGUGGGUAUGUGGAAAUAGAGAAAUACAGAUAUGCCUAUUUUGUGGUAAUAUUUAUAACAUACAUUCUUAUAAUCUGCAGUAAUUCAACCAUCAUUUGUUUGAUCUGUAUUCAUCCAAACCUCCAUGAACCUAUGUACAUUUUUAUUGCAGCUUUGUUGGUGAAUUCUGUUCUUUACAGCACUGUGGUCUACCCAAAACUAUUGAUUGAUGUUUUAUCUGAAAAGCAGGUCAUAUCUUAUUCAGCCUGUCUGUUUCAGUAUUUCAUGUUCUAUAUUUUAGUGUCAUCAGAAUUUCUAUUUCUAGCUGCUAUGGCCUAUGACAGAUAUGUGUCUAUAUGUAAACCUCUGCAAUAUCCAACUAUCAUGAGAAAAACUACUGUUACAGUCCUACUGGUUUUACCUUGGCUGAUUCCUGUUUGUGCGUUUUUGUUUACACGGAUACUGAUUGUUAGGCAAAGGGUGUGCAAAUUUACUUUGCCGUCCAUUUUUUGUAAUAACUCACUUCACAGUCUUUACUGUGUAAAAUCACGAGCAAUAACAAUAUGUGGUAUUGUUCUUUUGAUAAAUCUGACAUUAUGCCCUGUGGUAUUCAUACUUUUUACAUACACUAGAAUAUUAAUAAUAACCUAUCGAAGCUCUCCAGAAGUCAGGAAAAAAGCUGCACAGACCUGUUUACCCCAUCUGCUGGUUUUAAUCUGCUUCUCUUUGUUAAUGACAUAUAAUGUGGUGAUGAUGGAAGCUGAUAUGCCAAAAACUGUAUUUUUAAUCAUGACUUUACAGCUUGUUCUGUAUCAUCCUCUCUUCAACCCCAUCAUAUACGGACUAAAAAUGACAGAGAUUUAUAGACACUUGAAGAACUUGCUGUGUCCACUAAAACUGAAUUAA